CCUGCGGAUCCCUGUGAGAUUCAACUUCGUCCCGCGCGCUGCGACAAGACAACCCUCGCUCCCUGUCCCAGCCUGAGCCGCCCCAGGCAAUCUGCCGGACUCAUCCACUGCUGCCAGGACCAGGACCCAAGUCUGAAGCCUGCUCGAACUGAAAUCCUCCUGUCGUUACCAUUGCUUUUCCGCCGCCGCCUCGAGAACCGGCCUCCAGCUCGUCCGCCGCCCUCUCCUAUAACGCAAUCCGUCCGCUGGCAUUCGCUUUUCUGAGACGCUGCUGUGGAUCCGCCUCUGGGACAGCCUCCUCGACCGCAGUCUGACCUGAGAUUCCUUCGUUGUCGAGAAACAUGACCCUUCGGAGCUAGACGACACCUGACGAAGCUCCUCCGACGCAUGGAGGAGGGCCUCCUGCGCUCUCUUGCUCACAAUGCACGCUCUCAUUUCGCGCGCGAGCAGAAGCAACAUGUCGGCCAGCAAGACCCGCUCGCGAGAUCGAAGUGCCUCUGAAGUGGUUGCGCCUGGCGCCGACGACCUCCGCCAGCCCGAGUCCGCAUACCUCCCUCGGGCUGCCAGCUACACAUACUUUCCACACGUCAAGGAACUAUUCGACGACUCUUCUUCCCUCGUCGAGCUCAAGGGAACCAUCUCGGAAGACGAGCUCAAGUCGACCACCACUGCCUUGGCCCAAACGGACUCCUUCCAUUCCUCAGGUGACUCAAGCCCGGACACCGAGACUCCUACUACAGACGAGCGCCCCUCCGUGAAGCGAAAUGCCUCGCGCCGGUCGUCGAGAUUCUUGCUUUUCAGCAGUCAGGAUGAGGAGCCAGCGAGCCUUGAGACCACCGAUAUUGGCAAGGAUAGCCAACCGACCACCCCGAAAGCAAGAUCGCCCGUGAGAUCAAUGACGAGGUUACGGAGAAAAUCUUGGAUAUCGUCUCGACCAUCUUCCCCCACAAAGGAGGGAGAAAGGGACGCUGCGGCGGGAGACUCAGCAAAACCUGCGAAGAACUUAGACGCUGGACGUAGAAGGUCAAUCGUCGCAGCAACCUUCAAGCUUGAUAAGGAUGGGCCAAAGGACAGCCGGGAUAACUCUCCCACCCCGAGCAAACGGGCUGUUCUAUCCAAGAAGCCGAAGCGACCGCUAAGUGCUCUGCUGAAAGGACCCAGCCCAGUCGAAGUACCACCACCGGUGAAAGUUCCGGACGUCCCACGCCUACCCAGAUCUUUCUCCUCUGAUCGGCUGCCUUUGGGCCCUCAAUCGCCCACUUCUCCACACCAAGUCCCCCCAAUACCAAGAAAUUUAUCCUCCGACAAGAUCAAGGGCGCUAGGAUCGAGCCCAGGAAGAAGGACGAGCUAUGGAGCAUUUUCAGGACACUGGAAGGUGACCUUCGCAAGUUUCAAUCCAAGUCGAUUGCUAUGAAAACGAAUGUGGUCCGAACCUCCCUCCUACCUUUUCUGCGAGCUUACGCAAUACACCCUUCAAACAGCAAGUUGCGGCCUGAGGACUUGGAUAGACGUGUAAACAUCUUGAAUGGUUGGUGGACUGGUCUUCUGGAGUUGCUCUCCGGCAGGAAUAAUCUGUCCAUUUCAGGUACGGACCGCCCGGCAAUACUGGAAGGGAUUGCAGGCAUCAUGGAAAGGCCCGAGUGGAGACUGUCUCCAUCACCCUUUUGUGCCCUUGCGAAUAGAGCCGACACCGCGUCGACGCUGACUGCUAACUCGACAACGUCUCUCUCCUCUGGCGCCUCUGACUUCCUAGCGGAAUCGGUAUACCAUAACGUCCGGAACAUCUUUACUCAGAACUUGCUAUCGCAGAUGGCGUUCGUUGUGGAUAAAAUGUCGCUUCGAAACGCUGCCGCGAGUCUGGUGACUUUCUGUGGGAAAACUUGUGCCUAUGCGUUUUUCUUCUGCCCCGGAAUAGCAGAUGCUUUGGUCCGCUUAUGGGAUCCCUCCCUGGAUACUAUGAGGCGCGUUUUGGAGGAAUCCGGUAUCUCAAGGCGAGAUAAAUUGGAUACAGUCGCGAACCGGGUUGUCCCAAUAUUUCCACCGAGUCUCCAUUCUUUAAAGUUCACGUCUAUCAUCAAAACAUCGAGGAUGUUGCGCGCAGCUGCUAACCCACCUUUGGGCACCGCCAACUGGGACUGGUAUGGGCCUUGGGUAAAGCGUUGGACCGGGACUGAGAGCGAUCUGUUUUAUGUCUUUGUGAAGCAUUAUCACAUUCUUGUCACCGAGUUCCUGCCUGCAGAACCUACUCAUCUUGAACGGAUUUGCGUACCAGGCUUGGUCAUGGUACACGCUCAGAUUCUGGAGAACCUGGACGCAACGCUCAACCGCAAUGCUACUGCAAUCCCAGCAGAAGAGCUUACCAACGGACCCGCCCCCAUAACAUUCGAUGAUGUACUCGCCGAUCCCGAUGCUACCGCUUCGACGGUUCCAGUACCGCCUGCGAACGCAACUCGGCUGAUGGCGGAGAACCGUCUAAUCAUGUUGAUUAGAGAUUUCCUUUCCGACCGAGGUGCUUUGUAUCUCACAGCCCGCCGUAUGUUUGCAGAAGCGUUUGGCCAUAUCCUCAAAGCAGCAGCUAGAAAGAUUUCCAUCUACGAUAGCCAGGCCUGCUACACUCUUUGCGACUUUUUGGAAGAAGCCCUUGUCAUCAUGGUUCGAUAUGACCAAAGCGCUCCAUCGCAAGAGUCUGUUUUAGACUGGCCCUUCUGGCUAUCGGUGUGCAUGCAGAUGGCGGCAAGUCAGAGUACCACGACCGAACUCAAGCUAUAUUCUUUCUUGUUCAGCAUCUGGAACCUCAUUGCUACUGACGAGAGCCGGAAGAUGGACCUUUGUCUCAGCUUCUUGCUCGAGCCGGAGUUCUUCGAAAGCAGAUUUAACCAUUGGUGCCCGAUGGUCCGAACCUAUUACAUGCGCUUGCUAUGCUGGCGAAUUGCGCGGUACGAUGGGGAGGGUACGGAAAUUGACACCGAAAUCUUGAAGACAUUAAAUGACAGGCUACGAUCCGUCUGGAGUCAUUACUUAUGGCUACGGGAAGACUCCGAACUGAAAGGGGCAAGUCCUCCGUCUACAGCACCAUGCAACCCAGCACCAGGCCGGCGGUUACUCAUAAUUCGGAACGAUAACCCAGUUGUCGCGAGCGGAGGACCUUUCCUGUCGUUUGAUGGGGUGGUACAAAACUCCGCCACGAGACGAUUAUCGUCACUGGAUGCAAUCUCCGAGCCGGAUUCGCGACCACCUUCCGCGCAGUCUACUGAUUCGUCCGAGUUUGGUACCGGUGAAGAAGAGGCUGGCAAAAAGCGAUGGAGUCUGCUCCGAAGUUUCAUUAGUGGUACUCCGAAAUCGCGAUCAAAGUCACGAAGUCCAGGACCUACACCCAAAGAGCCUGUUGCUACCUCGCCUCCAUCCAAAACAUCAACGCCCACUCCGUCUAGACCCAAUUCGAGGAGCGGCGAGCAACGUCCACCUCUAGUUUCGCACCGGAGUUUCUUUUUCCGUUUCUCUCUUGAAUAUGUCGAUAAACGAUUCCACAGGCCGAUGGAGAUGCGAUUGUUUCCUCCCAGACUACCUUUGCCGGCACAAAUGCAUCUUCAAGAUGAAGAUAUACUCCUCCCUCCCGUUACCAGCGCCAGGCCGACUGGGAUCGUGGCACAAUCUAGUCGAUACGCCGGCCGCUCACUUGCUGAAUGGGCUCUGGUUGUUCACGAAUGCCAGAACUUCUUUGAUCGCAGAAAGACCGAGGGUGUGCCAUCGAAUAAGCUUGUCGAGACACCAACACUCGCGGUUGAGAAUUUCAGGAUGCGGGGAUAGACUUCCUUGAUCGGCAGCUAAUUGACUUCGGUUUUAUCUCAUUGUCUCGACCUUAGCGUAUCCCGUACUGAGGCAUUUUUUACCCUUCGACGAGUGGAGCUUAGUGGCUAUUCUUCCUAUGGGGUCUUCAUGUACGACAAUAUUUCGGGUCUUUUAAUUACUCCACGAUGUAAAAUACACGUUGAUUCGGAUGUGCGUGUUUUACAUUGCCGAGGAGUUUUGGUCGCGCUAGAAUGCACAUUAUCUAGCCUCAUUUACAGGCUUUCGGAUUUCGUAAGGGUUCCUGGGAAGGGUGGUAUGGCGCAUAGCCUUACAUUCUUCUUUCUAUUUCUAUCGCAGACGGAAUCAAUUGGGAACGGUACAUAUCUCCGACAACAGGCGUAUAUAGAGGGUCGAUAGGCCCGCGAAAUCUGCAUCCGCCGAGCGCAAACAAUUCUUCUUAUCCUACUCUCACGUGUUGCAAUCCAUCUCAAAACAAAUACUACUGGCCUGAGGGAC